CCCUCCAUCCUAUCCAGUCCACCUUACGCCUGAUGGAGCAUUAAUGCACCGGGCCGCUUCCCAUUCUCACUGAGUCGGGGAGAAGCGGGACGGCGGUCGUGCUCGCGUUGGCUGCUUUCUCUGGGAUUCCUGCACCUUUCCUGGCGAUCAGGGGAUUACUUUCAACAGUUUCUCCGUCAGAACUCUUCCCAAUCCACAACUCUCUCCGCUUGUGCGGGAAAUGCUUGUGCGGACGCCUGCUUUCGGAUGGCGUCCAUGACUAACCUGGAUUUGGAUAUUCUCCGAGGGAUGAAACGGGAUAAAAUGCUGCCCCUGCAAAAAAGGGAUCAAUUUGACAACUUGGAGAAGCAUACGCAGUGGGGGAUCGAGUUUCUGGAGAGGUACACAAAGUUCGUCAAGGAGAGGUCGGAGAUAGAAACCAACUAUGCAAAACAAAUUAGGAAUUUAUCAAAGAAGUACCAACCCAAGAAGAACUCUCGAGAAGAGGAAGAAAGCAAGUACACGUUCUGCCGAGCCUUCCUGACGACGCUCAACGAACUCAACGACUAUGCGGGGCAACACGAGGUGAUUGCAGAGAACUUAACGUCGCAGAUCAUCGCUGAGCUGUCGCGCUACCUGCAGGAUCUCAAAACGGAGAGGAAAUCGUACUUCCACGAUGGCCGCAAAGCACAGCAGCACAUCGAGAGCUCGUGGAAACAGCUGGAGUCGUGCAAAAGGAGGUUUGAGCGUGAUUGCAAAGAGGCAGACAGAGCACAGCAGUACUUUGAGAAGAUGGACUCUGACAUCAACGUGACCAAGGCUGACGUGGAAAAGCGAAGUUCCCUCAAGGCGCGGCAGCAAGCUCAGGUCAAGCACCAGAUGGCGUCGGACAGCAAGAGCGAUUACUCGUCCUACCUGCAGAAGUUCAACCAGGAGCAGAAUGAACAUUACUACACGAUCAUCCCCAACGUCUUCCAGAAACUUCAAGACAUGGAGGAGAAGAGGAUCGAGAGGAUAGGGGUGUGCAUGAAGACGUUUGCCGACGUGGACCGCCAGGUGUUGCCCAUCGUGGGGAAAUGUUUAGACGGCAUGACGUCGGCCGCCGGCUCCAUCGAGCCCAAGACGGACUCCAAGCAGGUGGUGGAGUCCUACAAGUCCGGCUUCGAGCCCCCAGGAGACGUGGAGUUUGAGGACUACGGGCAGGCCAUGACGAGGACGGCGUCCGACACGAGCCUGACCAACUCGCGGGACGGCAAAGAGAGACCUACCGGCAAGAGCAAGGGCAAGCUGUGGCCUUUCAUUAAGAACAAGAACAAGCUUAUGUCCCUGUUAACGUCCCCCCGCCAGCCCCCACCUGCCCCACCAGCCUCAUCCCCGCCCUCACCCUCUGCUGUUCCCAACGACUCCCAGUCUCCCAAGCAGCACAAGGAGCCCCUCUCCCACCGCCUCAACGACUUCAUGGCGUCCAAACCCAAAAUGCACUGCCUCCGGAGCCUGAGGCGAGGGCUUUCUCUCAAGCUGAUCACACUCAAUUCCCACGUCCGGAAUCUCAUUGAGGGUUCUGGACCCGAGGACUUCAGCCACCUCCCACCGGAGCAGAGGAGGAAGAAGCUGCAGGCCAAGCUGGACGACCUCAACAAAGACAUCCAGAAGGAGAUGGACCAGAGGGACGCGCUGACCAAGAUGAAAGACGUCUACGUGAAGAACCCUCAGAUGGGCGACCCCGCCAGCGUGGACCCUCGGCUAGCGGAGAUCGCCCAGAACAUCGAGAAGCUCCAGUUUGACGUGCAGAAAUUUGAGGGCUGGCUCGCCGAGGUGGAGGAGAAAAUGCCGUCCAAGAGCGACUCGCACCGGAGGAGCGGACUUUACGAGAGCCAGAACAGCACGGCGGUGAACAACAACUGCGCCCAGGACCGAGAGAGGCCCUCGAGCAGCCCGGACGGCAGCUACACGGAGGAGCAGAACCCGGAGACGCUCGUCAAAGCCAAGGCCAACGCCAACGCCAACCCCGCGUCCACCACGCCGGAGUUUGACGACGAGUUCGACGACGAGGAGACGCUGCCAACCAUCGGCACCUGCAAAGCCUUGUACCCUUUUGACGGCCACAACGAGGGCACCAUCUUGGUGGCGGAGGGCGAGCUGCUGUACGUCAUCGAGGAGGACAAAGGCGACGGCUGGACGCGAGUGCGCAGGAACGAGGACGAGGAGGGCUACGUGCCCACGUCCUACGUGGAGGUCUUUUUGGGAACAAACGCCAAAGAUCCCUAAGCGUGCGAGGCUGGCUGAGGAGUGGCACAGGGCAAGCAGCCUAAGGGGGAAAUCACCGAGACGGCCAAUUAGAACCCAUUUUACCACGCCCCCCCCCCCCCACACACACACACACACACACACACACACACACACACACACACACACGCGCACAAGGAAGCAACAACAAAUACAAAUUGUUGGUGUUUGUCAUCCUAACUGCUUCUGCCGUUAACGACACACGCAGUUACGCUUUUUUGUCAGCAGAGCUUUGCCACUAACCCUCCUCGCUCAGUGGGCGUGGUCAGAGAGAGGCCCACCCGCAGGAGGCCCCGCCUCCCUCCCGCCCGCCCAUCCAACAUGCUGUGUGAAAGUGUGACUGCAGGAAGCGAAGGAGCUCGCGGCGAUUGUGUUCAUCCCGCCAUCACGCCCCCCCCCGCCCCUCUCUCUGACCCGACGCCACCCCGGUCCACCCCCCCCCCCUCCCGCACGCCCCACUCCCCCGCCCAUCCCGACCCCCCUGCAGGCUCGCACCUCGGCGGCCGUCUUUCGGGGUCACGUCGCGGCGUGCUGCAUGCUUGCCCUGUCUUCCUCCUCGCCCCCCCCUUGCCACGGGAGUCGGCGGUGGUGGGGUGCCGGCCGGGUCACCCCCGCACCCCCAUACCUCUCUUCCUCCGGCCUUUACGUUCAGUUUAACCCCUCAUUGCCUGACCGAACUCACGUAACCUGAAUGCGCCAUGUCAGACCCCGCCCCCCCAGACUUCAGGUAGUGCAGUACGUUUGUGUUGCUGUCGUGUGAUGUCAUCAGCGUGUCUAACCCCCCCCCCCCCCCGCCCCCCCUUUCUGUAUAUGAGAAUAUACUGUGACCAGAAUGAGAGACUUCCUGUUCAUUCUCCUAAAAUCACCGCACUGGCAAGACUAAACUCCAGCAGUUAUGUCCAACCAUCACACGGCACAUACUUUUUUUUCUUUUGUCAUUUACAUUUUUCUAUCAUUGUUUUGAAAACUUCUGCCUGGACUGAAACCAUUUUACUGCAAAAACCACAGGCAGAGGGAGGAAUCAAACCUGCAACUUAAAGCACGCAGGAGCGCUAGGGCCGCGCUGAAAAGAAAAACCACGUAUCGAAGAGUCAAUAGUACGGGAUUAAAGUUGUAAUGUUCCCAGAAUCUCGUACCGUUACGAGAAUCAAGCUUUAAUUUUACGUGAAUAAGUUAUAUUAACUGAAAACAUGGCAAAUUUAUGGGAAUAAAGUGGUAAUAUUCUGAGAAAAACUUACGUGAUUUUUAUUUGUAGUAGCACUAAAGUCGUAAUUGGAGAAAGAAGUCGUAGCGUUACGAGAAAAAAUUUAAAGCUGAGCGAAAUAUUUCUAAUAUGAUAAAAAAAAAAGUUAUAUUACCAGAAAACAUGGCCAAUUUAUGGGAAUAAAGUUGUAAUAUUCUGAGAAAAAGUUACGUGAUUUUUAUUUGCAAUAGCAGAAAAGUCGUAAUUGGCGGACAAAGUCGUAACGUUACGAGAAAAACUCACAUAGCUGAGCGAAAUAUAUUUGUAAUACUAGAAAAAAAAAAGUUAUUUAGCCAGAAAACAUGGUACAUUUAUGGGAAUAAAGUUGUAAUAUUCACAGGAAAAGUUCCGGGAUUUUUUCGAAAUAGCAGUAAUUGAAGGUAAAAGUCGUAACGUUAUGAGAAAAAAUUCAAAGCUGAACGAAAUAUUUCUAAUAUGAUAAAAAAAAAAUUAUAUUACCAGAAAACAUGGUAAAUUUAUGGGAAUAAAGUUGUAAUAUUCACAGGAAAAGUUCCGUGAUUUUUCGAAAUAGCAGUAAUUGAAGGUAAAAGUCGUAACGUUAUGAGAAAAAAUUCAAAGCUGAACGAAAUAUUUCUAAUAUGAUAAAAAAAAAAAAUUAUAUUACCAGAAAACAUGGUCAAUUUAUGGGAAUAAAGUUGUAAUAUUAACAGGAAAAGUUAUUGGAUUUUUUAAAAAUAGCAGUAAAGUUGUAAUUGAAGGUAAAAGUCGUGACGUUACGAAAAAACUCAAAGCUGAACAAAAUAUUUCUAAUAUGAUAAAAAAAAAAAAAGAAGUUAUGCUACCAGAAAACAUGGUACAUUUAUAGGAAUAAAGUUGUAAUAUUAACAGGAAAAGUUCUUUGAUUUUUUUUAAAUAGCAGUAAAGUUGUAAUUGAAGCUAAAAGUCGUAACAUUACGAAAAAACUCAAAGCUGAACGAAAUAUUUUUAAUAUGAUUAAAAAAAAGAAAGUUAUAUUACCAGAAAACAUAGUAAAUUUAUGGGAAUAAAGUUGUAAUAUUCACAGGAAAAGUUCCGGGAUUUUUUUUUAAAUAGCAGUAACGUAAUUAAAGGGAAAAGUGGUAACGUUACGAGAAAAAACUCAAAGCCGAGCAAAAUAUUUCUAAUAUGAUAAAAAAAAGUUAUAUUGCCAGAAAACAUGGUAAAUUUAUGGGAAUAAAGUUGUGAUAUUCACAGGAAAAGUUGAUUUUUUUUAAAUAGCAGUAAAGUUGUUUUUGAAGGUAAAAGUCGUAGCGUUAUGAAAAAAUUCAAAGCUGAACGAAAUAUUUCUAAUACGAUAAAUAAGUUACAAUUACCAGAAAACAUGGCACAUGUAUGGGAAUAAAUAAAGUUGUAAUAUUCAAAGUAAAACACAUGACUUUUCUGUACGUCAUAGCAGUAAAGUCGUAAUUGAAGGAAGAUGUCGUAAUGUUACGAAAAUAAAAUCUCAACACUGAGCGAAAUAUUCUAUUAUGAGUAACUACUGUAAAUUAUAUUACCAAAGAACAUGGGAAUAAAGUCGAAAUAUUCACAGAAAAAGUUCUGUGAUUUUAUUUUUGUUAUAGCAGUACAGUCAUAAUACAGAAAGGUAAAAGUCGUAAUAUUACAAGUACAAAACCUCAAAAGCUGAGCAAAAUAUUUAUAUUACGUGAAUAAGAUACGUUACAAGAAAACAUGGUCGAUUUGUAGGAAAAGUUGUUAUAUUCAGAGAAAAAGUAUUGUGAUUUUUCUGAAGUCGUAAUUGGGGGAAGAAGUCGUAACGUUGCGAGAAACGUUACGAGGACAAAAUCUCAAAAGUCGUAACGUUUACGACAAUAAAAUCAUAAAUCUAAGAUAAAUAUUUCUACUACGUGAAUAAGUUACAUUACCACAAAACCUGGUGAAUUUAUGGGAAUAGAGUUGUAAUAUUCGGAGAAAAAGUUACGUGAUUCCUUAAAAUGUUUACGUUAUAGAAGUAAUUUCGUAAUUGAAGGAAAAAAUUACCGAAACAGCAUUUCAUUUCAAAGCUAGGCAAAAUAUUUCUAUUACGUGAACAAGUUUUAUUUCUAGAAACCUUUAUGGGGUUAAAGUCGUAAUAUUCAGAGAACAAGUUACACGAUUUAUCUGUACGUUACAGCGGUGAAGUCGUAAUUGGAGGAAAAAAUCAAAACGUUACGGGAACAACAUUUCAUUUCAAAGCUAAGCAAAAUAUUUCUAUUACGUGAACAAGUUAUGUUUCUAGAACAUUUAUGGGAUUAAAGUCGUAAUAUUCAGAGAACAAGUUACGGGAUUUUUCUGUACGUUACAGCGGUGAAGUCAUAAUUGGAGGAAAAAAUCAAAACGUUACAGGAACAACAUUUCAUUUAAAAGCUAAGCAAAAUAUUUAUUUUAGGUGAACAAGUUAUUUCUAGAAAACUUUAUGGGAUUAAAAUCGUAAUAUUCAGAGGACAAGUUACGCGAUUUUUCUGUACGUUACAGCGGUGAAGUCGUAAUUGGAGGAAAAAAUCGAAACGUUACGGGAACAUUUCAUUUGAAAGCUAAGCAAAAUAUUUCUAUUACGUGAACAAGUUAUAUUUCUAGAAAACUUUAUGGGAUUAAAGUCGUAAUAUUCAGAGAACAAGUUACGCAAAUUUUCUGUACGUUACAGUGGUGAAGUUGUAAUUGGAGGAAAAAAUCAAAACGUUACGAGAACAUUUAAUUUCAAAGCUAAGCAAAAUAUUUCUAUUACGUGAACUAGAUAUAUUUCUAGAAAACUAUGGUAUUAAAAUCGUAAUAUUCAGAGAACAAGUUACGCGAUUUUUCUGUACAUUACAACGGUGAAGUCGUAAUUGGAGGAAAAAAUCGAAACGUUACAUUUCAUUUCAAAGCUAAGCAAAUUCUUUGUAUUACGUGAACAAGUUAUAUUUCUAGAAAACUUUAUGGGAUUAAAGUCGUAAUAUUCAGAGAACAAGUUACGCCAUUUUUCUGUACGUUACAGUGGAGAAGUCGUAAUUACAGGAAAAAAUCGAAACGUUACGAGAACAACAUUUCCUUUGAAAGUUAAGCAAAAUAUUUCUAUCACGUGAACAAGUUAUAUUUCUAGAAAACUUUAUGGGGUUAAAGUCAUAAUAUUCAGAGAAUAGGUUACGCGAUUUUUCUGUACGUUACAGUGGCGAAGUCGGAAUUGGAGGAAAAAAUCAAAACGUUACGGGAACAUUUCAUUUCAAAGCUAAGCAAAAUAUUUCUAUUACGUGAACAAGAUAUAUUUCUAGAAAACUUUAUGGGAUUAAAGUCGUAAUAUUCAGGGAACAAGUUACGCAAUUUUUCUGUAGGUUACAAAGUCGUAAUUGGAGGAAAAAAAUCGAAACGUUACAAGGACAAAAUCUCAAAGCUAAUCAAAAUAUUUAGAUUACCAAAAUAAAGUUGUGAAGAUACAGAGAUGAUGUAAAAAAUGUAUAUCUUAAAUAAAAAGACAUUAUGAAAAUAAAUAUCACAUUUAUAACAUUUCAUAAGAAAAAAAGUUGUAUUUUUAUGGUGAAACAUUCUCUCGUCGUCUUUAUUCCUGCAAUAUUACAAGUAUUUUGUGGGAACGUUACGCAUUUUCUCCUCGUAGUAUUGGAGUAAUUAAUGAGUAUCAGCGCGGCCUUAAUGCUCCGUAAUGAAACCACUUGUGAUUACAUGACAGCCCUCACACACACAAACAGAGAGAGUAGAUAUAUAUAUAUAUAUGAAUAAAGAUGAAAACGGAAUAAAAAACGAUCUAUUUUAACUAUUGCGGGGAGCGUGAACUCUGCCGUGUUACUGUCGUGUUUUGCAGGAGUGAAACUACCACACGGUGUGUUUUUGCACUUUUGUCUCUCGUCUUUUUCCGUUGGGUAGAUCAUUGCUUUGUGUUUCUUUUUCUGGAGCACUGAAUACUUUGUAUUGUGUUGACCGUGCCAAUUAAAAACAAUGCCUGGGAAAAGU